GUUAAAUUGCACGCAAAAGCAAUGCAAUUUACUGAUAAAAUCUUUUUCCAUGAGACAAGACCACCCCCCCUCUUUAUUGUAGCAAAUUAAAAUUUAAUGAGUACUAUGACAUCACAACUGGUUUUGCAUUGAAUACAUCGGUGUUGGAAAUCAAGGCAAACUCACAAAAAAGGCUUGCAGUUAGUGAAAUUGAUCGAGGUCAACUGUUACGAGCGAACAAAUGUUUGGCAAAUCAAAGAACUUCAAUUCCAAGUUCCAAUUUGAUCUGUCACAGUUUACCAAUAACGUUGAAACCUCACCUGGCAUUACUUUGCCAAACUUUGGUUCUCUGCCUCCGGAUCUAAAUCAGGUCAACGGUAACGCACAUAGUGGACGCGACAAUAAUGAAACUUUUGCUCAGGCUGGAUCGCAGCUGAAUGAGGCUCAUUUCAACUUCAAACCUCUCCCGUUGAACACCUCACAAAAUAUAGAACCAGCUUCUUUCGCCACGCUACAUAAUUCGGGUCACAAUUCCUUCACACCAAAAGACACGUUCACGACUGCUACUCUUAAUCCUAUUUCAUCGCAAGCCGCCGUGUUCAAAGCUGCCAAAUAUCCAAAAGAAAUUAGAGCACACCAUAGUAAAGAUGCUUUCAUUACGGUGCACGAUUGGAGCAAAGUGUAUCCAGGAAGACUUGCAUUUUAUGAAAGCACAGCCAAACUUUUUGAAAAUUUGCACGGUCCCAACAACAAGCUACAUAACGGAACCGGCAAACGACACACAAAUGGAAACCUCAAAAGUUACAAACAGGAUGCACUACAUGCAUAUGCGUCUGAAUACACUACAAAACUUAUUGAAUAUCAAAAGCAUUUAAAUCAAGAUGUCAGAAAAGAGGUUGAUCAGGAGCGAAAAACGAUUCGCACAUUUGUGGCAAUAUGGCAUCUCUGUGAAAUUCUCUAUUUCCAAAAUGAUAAAGAAGCACCAAUAGCAAAGAAAUUUGUUGAGUGGUUGAACUUGACGGACAAAUCUGGACUUUUGAAAUAUGAUACGCAGCGCAUAAUACACCACCCAGAUCCCUAUAGUCAUCCCGAUUUUUGGGAAUUUGUAUAUAAGUUAAUAUUGCGGGGCCAGACCCAAGUGGUGACAACUCUGUUGGGCCAUGCUAUCAAAACUAUACCGGCGCCAUCUAUCAAAAUCAUUAAUGAGUUGAUAUCAAUUCUUAACUCUAUGCCAGAACUAUUCAGCCACUACUCUGCCUCUGCAGAAACGAAAUAUAUGAAGAAACGAUCCAAAUGGCUCAAGGAUGUUGAGCACUUCAAACUCACCUUGCAGGGCUCUGCUCAAACCGAUCAAACAGGCCUCUUCUCUCAUGCACUUGAUACACUCAAUUUGAUAUCAGGGGACAGGAAUACAAUAAUGAAAUACAGCAGCAAUCGAAAUGAUGCUGUUGUUGCUAUUCUUCUAUAUUCCUGUCCAUCAACUGCACGACGGGAACUUGCAGAUGUAGUACGUCUCGUGGACAAAACAUUUCCAGUACAUGCUUCCGAUACGUCUGCAGAAGCUUGUCGAGCGUUUAUGCUGGGUGAAAUUUAUGAAGGAAUUGUUGCCUGCGCAUCAGAAGACUGGUGGUUAGUUGCCCAUUUGACUGACCUCAUGGAAAUGGUUGACUUGUUGGAAACUCGAAGUAAUUUAGGCCUAAUGGUGGACGAAAAUGAUGUCGAGCUUCGAGAGUACUUUAUCCUCAAUUACGCACAAUCUCUCUUUUCACAUGGCUCACUUUGGGAACACGCAUUGUUUUACCUCAGUACUUGUCCAACCCAGGGAUUGUCAUGGAUGCGCGAACUUGUUCUGCGUGUACCAACAACGGAUGAUGUGACAGUUUCUCGAUUACUAGAUACAUGUCAACGAUUCCACCUCGAUGAUCAAUACAAAACCAUCUGCCGAAUUGCUGCAAAGGGCAGUGUGAAGACGAAAAACUUUACUCAAGCUGUAAAAUAUUACCAAAAAGCAAAUGAUACCGCCAGUGUUGUUGGAAUUUCAGAUCAGAUUUUGGACGCCUAUCUAGUGUGUGGAGAAUUGAUUACGGCAAAGGAACUGAUGGAAAUCAAAGGCAACAGCGACUCAAUGGGUGGAUCCUUCGAUUUUUUGCUCUUGUAUGCUCAAUUGCGUGAUCUGCUAGCCGAAGGCGACCACGCAGCUGCAGGCCAACAUUUGUUACGACUAUUCAAUUUACCAUCUUCACGAACAGACUUUUGGCCAAUUCUGUUUAUCGAUGCCCUUCCACUAUUCCAAGAUCAUGCAUCAUUCAACCAAGACGAUACCUUCCAACUUCUGCAUUACCUAGAGCAACUAACGGUUUUCUCAAGAGGAAACUCUGCCUAUUUCAAAAACAUACAACGAUAUAUACAAAGCACGCGAAUCGACAGUCUUUCAGAUACAGAACAUGAUUUGGCGGACAUGAUUGAUACCUUUUAUGAGACUGUUCGGUUCGGCUUGACCCGAAUGCUUGCACAUGAGUUUCUUGCCUAAAUUGUGAAAAUAAAAGUCAAAACCAACCAAAAAUCAGGGCAGGGUAUCGAUUCAGACCUUGUGUAUCUGAUAGCUUUGAACAUAUGUAAAAAAU